UUUUUGACUAAAGAACUGUGGAUGUAGUUUGCGUAAUAUCUUUAUUACUGAAAACUUCAAGGAAUGAAUGCUGAUACUUGUGUUUCUUAUUGUGAUCCGGCUGCCAUGGAUUCCUACUACAACGCAGCCUCCCAGGGCACAGAAGGCUCCUCGCCUUUUAGGGCAUUUCAAGCAAGUGACAAGUUCAGCCCUACUUUCCUGGCCAGCAAAGGACAAGGCUUUGGUGACAGCAGCACUAAGUGCCGGAGCCGCUUCAGCCAGCAGGAAUGCCAGUCCCUGGAGGGCGGCGUGCAGGCGCCCAGCUCCGCCGGGGCCCCGGCCUCCUUUAGCAAGUACCCGCCGCCGCCGCCGCCGCAGCAGCACCUCUACAUGCAGCGAGGCGCCUGCAAAACCCCCCCGGAGAGCAACCUCAAGCUGCAGGAGAGCGGCGCCCACAACGGCACCCUACAGCUCCCCUGCUACGGUAAAGAAAGCAGCUUGGGAGAGGCCGACUUGCAGUCGAGCUCCGACCCUUCAGGAAUGGACAACAGCUACCUCAGCGUGAAGGAGGCCGGGGUGAAAGUCCCCCAGGACAGGGCCAGCACUGACCUCCCCAGCCCCAUGGACAAGGCCGACUCAGAGAGCAACAAGGGGAAAAAGCGGAGGAACCGCACCACCUUCACCAGCUACCAGCUGGAGGAACUGGAGAAGGUCUUCCAGAAGACCCACUACCCAGAUGUCUACGCCAGGGAGCAGCUAGCCAUGAGGACAGACCUCACCGAGGCUCGAGUGCAGGUGUGGUUUCAGAACCGGCGAGCCAAGUGGCGCAAGCGGGAGCGCUUCGGCCAGAUGCAGCAGGUCCGCACGCACUUCUCCACCGCCUACGAGCUGCCCCUGCUCACGCGCGCCGAGAACUACGCCCAGAUCCAGAACCCCUCCUGGAUCGGCAACAACGGCGCCGCCUCCCCCGUGCCCGCCUGCGUGGUGCCCUGCGACACGGUGCCCUCCUGCAUGUCCCCGCACGCCCACCCRCACGCGCCCGGCGGCGUCUCCGACUUCCUCAGCGUCUCCGGCGGCGGCGGCCACGUGGGACAGACUCACAUGGGCAGCCUCUUCGGCACGGCCGGCAUCAGCGCGGGCCUCAACGGCUACGAGCUCAACAGCGAGCCGGACCGCAAGACGUCGAGCAUCGCGGCGCUGCGGAUGAAGGCGAAGGAGCACAGCGCCGCCAUCUCCUGGGCCACAUGA